AUGAAAUCAUCGGAGCCAGGCAAGGUGGGUGACCGGCGCGGCGGUGGCGGUGGCGGCGGAGGUGGAGGUGGCGGCGCGCGCGCACCGGACCGCGGCGGAGGGCGUCGCGGCUGGCCGACCGCCCGGAGCAUAACACCCGAUUGUAACGUGACUCAUCGCAGAAAGGGAGUAACGAGUUCGUGUAAUGAUCAACAUUCUGCACCGCUUACACGAUCGGAUGUUAGAGACAUUAUAAAGAACGAAAUUAAGGAUCUUCUUAAACAUCUGGACAAUACAAUGGCAACUUUUGUGAAUAACGAAUUAAAAUCAAUUAAAGAGGAAAUUGCUCAUGUGAAUGAAUCAAUGACUUUUAUGAAUAAUCAUUAUGAGCAAAUAAAAUUAGAAGUUGCUGAAAAAUUUUCGGCAGUCACGGAGCUUCAAAAAAAGAAUAUGCAAUUAGAAACCACUGUAUGCGAUCUGAGUGCUAGGGUAAAUCUUUUGGAACAGCAGGCAAGAAUGGCCAAUGUUGAGAUUCAGUGCUUACCGGAAUUUAAGGGAGAAAAUCUAAUUUCUACUGUCGUUAAUAUGGUAAGAGUUAUAUCAUGUCCAAUUACCGAGGGGAAUGUACAUCAAGUCACGCGUGUGGCAAAGCGAGAUACGUCAAGCAAGCGACCAAAAUCUAUUGUAGUGCAAUUCAGCAGUCCCAGAGUACGAGAUGAGUUUCUUGCAGCUUCGAUUAAAUAUAAUAAGACGAAUCCUGAUGAUAGACUUAAUACUAAGGUACUUGGAAUCGCUGGCAACAUAGAAAAUGUUUAUGUUGUAGAACAUCUUUCACCAGCAAAUAAGCAACUGCAUGCAGCAGCAAGAAUAAAAGCUAAAGAAAAGGGUUAUCAGUAUGUCUGGGUACGCAACGGAAGAAUUUAUAUGAGGAAAACAGAUGGAAUGGACUAUAAGUACAUAAAGGAUAAUACUACAUUAAAUAAAAUAGAAUAA